GCGAAGCAAAGCAGGUGAAGUGUUUGUUCCACACUGUCCCUGCCUGCCUGCCUUGGAGGAGCCUCUUUAAAUCUGGCCAAUUCUUCCUCUUCCUUUCCACCUUUGACCAUCAUUAACCAGAUCAUUUGUUCCGAGCGAGUUCUUUUGCUCGCAUAAAACUUCUUACCUGCUCAAUAUCCAAGACUGAUUGAUAUCACACACCCGCAACCAUGACGCUCUACUAUAGUUUGGUCUUCGUCCUUCUGGUGGCAGAGAUGGCGCUUUUUGUAGGCCUCAUCGUCCCUAUGCCUUUCACCAUCAAGCGCAAGAUGUUCAACUUCAUAUCCGAAAGUCCACUGGUUGCAAAAUUACAAUAUGGAAUGAAGAUCACCUUCAUUUUCAUCCUCAUUCUGUUCCUUGACAGUGUCAACCGUGUCUACCGUGUUCAGGUUGAGAUGGCAUCUCUCAUGAACGACAGCUCCGGUGCAGGGAGAGCAGCUGCCAUCGGUUCCGACCGUAUGGAGGUUCAAGCUCGCAAGUUCUACUCGCAACGCAACAUGUACUUGACCGGUUUCACCCUCUUCCUCUCCCUGAUUCUCAACCGCACCUACGGCAUGAUCCUCGAUGUCCUCCGUCUGGAAGAGAAGGUCAAGAUGUAUGAGGGGGAUUCGCAGGCCGGCGGAAAGGAAGGAGAGAAGCUUUCAGGACGUUAUCGUGCAGACCAGAUUGGCGAACUCAAGAAGCAACUCGAGAAGAAAGACAAGCAAGUGGAAGCCAUGAAGAGCCAAUCUGAGGGCUUGCAGAGAGAGUAUGACCAAUUGAGCGUCAAGUACAACCAGACAAACCCCAGCACUGGUGAGAAGAAGAGCAACUAAGAGCAUGCAUGACUUAACAACGACAAAACAUGCAGAGAUUAGGCUUUUGGAAGCUAGGGUGCAGAACUGAGUCAAGGUCGUACCUAAUGACGGUGACUACUUUCUGGAAGCAUAUUUUGGGGGUCUAAAAAGAACACUGAUGGCAAGGAUUCUGGUCGAGUGAACGACCGUGGCUUUUGACCGGAGUCAGGCGGAUGAAUGUCUGAUUCAUCGUGUAAAUGCGAAGAUGAGAAUAGAUUUGGUUGUGUGUUUUUA